AUGAAGAACACAGAAACCUUUGAUUAUAUAUCUGAAUUGCCAAAGCCUAUAUUGCAUAACAUAUUGUCCUUUCUCUCCACUAAAGAUAUAGCUCGAACUAGUGCAUUGUCGAAAACAUGGUUAGAUGCAUGGAAGACAUUCCCCAUUUUGAAAAUUGAUUUAGACUGGAUGCUCUUAACUGGAGUUAGACAACUUCCUAGCAACUCUGAGAUCACGCAGAAGAUUCAGGAGUUAUACAAAUAUAGUGAACAGUGUUUGUUAAGCCGACGUAGUCAGAGGACUAAUCUGAUCAAAUUUAAGCUUAAAGUGCCUUGGGUUUAUGACGAUCUAGAAAUGGUUUCCAAUAUGGAUAGAUGGGUUGGCUAUGCCCUAGAGAGUAAUGUCAAGCACUUGAAAAUUGUAGUUGCUGCAACCACCCUGUCUGAAAAGUGUACCUACUCUGUGCCUCCAGCCGUUUUCAAUGCAAUUUCAGUACAGAUUUUGGAAUUGAGAUACUGCAACCUGCAUAUUCUGCCCUCUAUCAAUGAGGUAAGAUUACCUUUCUUGAAGAAGUUGUCUCUAAAAUGUGUUUUUGCAGAUGAUAUUGUUAUAUGCAAACUAGUUGCUGGGUCUCCUAGUAUUGAAGAAAUGAGCUUCAUUAGCUGCUAUGGUAUUACGAAGCUACAGAUUUUUAAUCUUGCCAAUCUAGUCAAGUUCCAUGUGGAAUAUACUCAUCUUGAGCAUCUUGAGAUGGAAGCACCAAAUCUUCAUUCAUUAUCCUUAGAAGGUUCAUCUUUGCCUUCUGUACUAAAGGUGGUUUCUAAAAAUUUGAAGAGCUUAGCAAUAACUGGAGCUCCCAUAACUGAUGCAUGGAUGCAUGAGCAAUUGAAGAGAUUUCCUCAUUUGGAAAGCUUGCGCUUGUCUGAAUGCGAUAUGUUGGAGACUCUAAAGAUUUCCAGUUACAGACUUCAUAGAUUGAGCAUAAAGUCAUGUCAAGGGGUGGCUACAAUUCAGAUUGAUACACCUAAUCUACAUGUCCUCUCAUAUUGUGGUGAUAUAAUUUCAUUUUCUUCAAACGGGUUGAUCUUACCUGAGGUUCAUUUGAAUUUUGAAUCCAAUACUAUGGAAAUUUCUUGGUAUGCUAGAUUGAUUGAAUUGCUUGACAAGUUCAAUCAAUCUUUCAGGAUGGUGGUCUUGAAAGGUAGAACGGGAAAGAGUUACAUUAUUCCUAGCAAAAUGAGACGUCUCCUACAGCCUCCAAUGCUUAAAGUGAAAGAAUUGAAGCUUUCAAUCAACAGUAUCAGCAAUGAACUUCCAAUUGCUUUACUUGUGGAUGCUUUGCUGUGGAUUUCUCCUCAUCUAGAAAGUAUCUAUAUAAAUUGCCCAGUAAAAUCAUUUUUUAAGUGUGCUGUAACUAAAUGGUACUUGCGUUGUGGGUUUACUCGAUUCUCAUACAAGAAGCCAAUUGAUGGAGAGAGUCGUUGUUACAAGUCUCUUCCUGUUUCCUGCUGGAACCAUUGCAUAAAAGAUGUCAAGAUCAAGCAAAUUUUCCGUGGCUUCUAUUAUCAUUUACAUGGAAACAUCAAUCCCAAUUCUGAAAGUAUAGAAAGGAAUUAUAUUUUCAAUCAAGACAUCUGGGAAAAGAUUAGAAGUGGUGUCUUAGAUUGGAAUCCUUAUUUAGACAGGAGGAAGUCUCUCUUAAUGACGUAA